GGCAGCUGAGCACAUGUGAUGAAAACUUGCAGGCAGAGAUCAGUGAAACGUGCGAGCGCAUGGCAGAACACAACAACAAUCUGGCAGAGGUGCAGCGCAGGGGUUACCAGGCCAAAGAAAGGCAUAACCAGGUCAUCCAUGAAAUCACAGGUAUCGAGGCAGAACUGAGGCAGCUAAAGGACGUGAGAAACCAUCGUCUCAUGAAGCUGCGUCAGAAGAGCAAGCACGCUCACGACGCCGUCCUCUGGCUGCAGGAGAAUCGCGAUCGAUUCAAGAAGCCCAUCCACGAACCCAUCAUGCUCGUCGUGAACAUGUAUGACUCACGGAUGGCGAAGUACGUCGAGAACCACAUCAACUUCAAGGACAUGGUGGCGUUCGUCUGCGAGGACGCCGACGACAUGGAGUUGUUCAUGAAGACCCUGCGCGACGAACAGGACCUGAGGAUCAACGCCGUCAAGGUUCCCGACGAACCCCUCGCGUCGUUCGUUCCGCCGAAGCCGAUCGAACAUUACUCGCGAUAUGGCUUCCACAGCUUCCUUCGCGAGCUGUUUGACGCGCCGGAGGGAGUCGUGCGCUACCUGUGCGCGCAGCACAGAGUGCAUCAGAUCCCCGUCGGCGACGAAACGACCAAGCGAGACGUUGAGGAAGUGAUACGACGCUGCGGCCUGCAGACCUUCUACACGGCCAAUCACAAGUUUUCGGUCAGGAAGUCUAAAUACGGCAAUCGGGAUACUGUAUCUAGUAGCACAGAGCUGCGAGAAGCCAGCAUCAUCGCUAUGACAGUCGAUCAGGCGCAGAUCAACGAGCUGCAAGAAAGCCUGUCGCGUUUCUCGGAGGAGAAGGCGGCGGCUCAGACGGAGCAGGAGCGCGUUCGUAAGGAGGAGCACCAGCUGGUGGCGCAGGUCGAGAGCCUGCGCGUGAAGAAGAAAGAACUGCAGCAGAAGAAGUACGCCAAGGCGCCGCUCGUCGAAAAGAUCAAGCUCAAGGAGGACAAGAUCGCGAGACUGGAGCGAGACGCGAUAGACCUCGCGUCGGAGGAGCGGCGAGCGAACGACGCCAUCAAGCAGAUCAAGCUCAACAAGGUGGCGCUGCUCAAGAAGUUUCAGAACGUCGUCGGCGAGGUGUGUGAGGCGAGCAAGCAGCGCAUACGUCUCUACCUGCUGCUGGCGCAGGGCAUCCUAGCCGCUCAGAACCUCGACAAUGCGAUCAGGGAGGCGUCGGCCGAACACACGCAGCUGCAGGAUGACUACGCGGGAGGCGUGGUAAGCACGGCCACCCAGCUGAAGGCCAAGCGCGGCAGCUUGACGUUUCGCACGUACCCGGACACGCUGGACGAGUUAGACGCGCUCAUACAUGACGAACAGGCGAGGGCCGCAUGCUACAUAGCCGUCGACGAGAGCGUCGUUCACGACUACGUCGCACGCAAGGAGCGAAUUCUGCAGCUGGAGGAGGAGGUGUCCACCCUACAGCGUUCCCUGGAUGAUCACGGAGACAGCAUCGAACACGUGAAGCGAGCCUGGAUUGAACCGGUGCUGGAGCUGAUUGCUGGAAUCAACAAGAACUUUGAAAAGUUUUUCAGUACUCUCCACUGUGCCGGGCAGGUGGACCUGAACAGGGGUGAAAAUGAGGUCAGUGGUAUGCCCGUCCUUGCUGUCUCUUCCUUGGAAAUCCAUUAG